AUGGGAUAUCCGGCGCAACCGCAGUCACCAACCAUGGCGGUACACUCGGAAAGUUUGCAUCAAGACCGGAGCAACAUAAGUAUUGGUGGCCUCAGCGUUGAUGAUUUGAUGUACUUGGACGAGCAGCAGGCUAUCGGUAACUCUUCGAAGGAAUUCACCAAAUCUCCAGAGGACAAAGAUUUGUUAAGUCGUUUCCAAGUUGCUUGUAUCAUAAUAAAUCGUAUGAUGGGAACGGGGAUAUUCGAGUCGCCAACCACUAUUUUAAAACAAGAUCAUAAUAUCGGGGCGAGUCUCAUUCUCUGGACAUUGGGCUUUAUAGCCAGCAUGGCUGGCACUUUGAUGUACGUCGAGUAUGGCCUUACGAUUCCACGGCGCAAAAUGGCUGGCGAAAUUCAAGCUGUUCCAAGAAGUGGUGGUGAACUUAACUACAUCAAAUUCCUCGCGAAACAUCCUAAAUACAUGGCAAUCUGUAUGUUUGGCUUCAUAUUCGUAGUCGUCGGAAAUUCUGCCGCCAAUUGCGUUUCAUUCGCAGUUCAUUGUCUUGCGGCAGCAGGAAUGAAUGAUCCACCAAAAGGCGCAGUGCAAGGAAUCGCACUUGGUACUGCCUGGCUCGUUACUUUGUUGCAUGCUUUGGGCAGGAUGUUUGGUGUUCACUUGAACAGUGCUUUUGCUGUGACAAAGGUCUCAAUGCUCAUUAUGAUAAUUAUACUGGGCUUUAUGGUACUCAACAAUCAUACUAGACACUUCCAUCGCGACCCAUUAUCGUACAGUAACCUCGAUACAAGUACCAGUUUCAAAAAACUAGGGAAAGGGGACCACGCUCGUGGGUUUGCAGCCGCAUACCUCAAUAUUAUAUUCACAUGCGGCGGGUGGAACCAAGCAAACUAUGUACUCGGUGAAAUUAAGAAGCCAACCACUAGGUUUCGAGGCAUUUCUCUUUGGACCGUUGGACUCAUGUGUCUAUUGUAUUUGUUAACUAACAUAUCAUAUAUGAUAGUAAUAGUAGUCCCACAGGAUGGAAAAUUCCCAGAUGGUGAAUCAGUGGUCGAACAAUUCUUCAAACGAACCAUUGGCCAAGCUUGGAAUGAAAGGCGAGCAAGUCAACUGAUGGAUGCAUGUCUCGCUGUCUCAAGCUUAGGCAACGUCAUUGUCACUACUUUUACCGCUGCUCGUGUCAAGCAGGAGAUUGCGAAAGAAGGAAUACUUCCAUUCUCUUUGGUCUUUGCCAAGAAUGUCAACAUUAUUGAAUGGGCAACCAAGAAACUGAAGCGAUCGGAACAAGUAGGAGAGCCGGUUGAGCAUCUUCCACAGGGAGGAGUCGCAACCACGCCAGAACGAGCCGAAUUCGAGCCAAUUCCAUUUCCAGCUCUCGUACUUCACUGCGCAUUCUCCACGAUUCUGAUUCUUGCCUCAAUCCAGAUCCCUCGGUCCAGGGAUGCUUACCCAUUACUUGUUGAAAUUUACACAUACCCAAUUGAUGCGAUGGUCGCAAUUUGUCUCAGUUUUGGCAUGAUAUGGAUGCGAUCAAGAGAGACAGAUGAAUGGAACACAUACUCCACCACAAACAGAUGGUUCAGUCUCAUAACUGCAAUAAUUGUUUUCGUUGCCAAUGCAUUUCCAGUUGCCGCAUUAUGGAUUCCCGAAUCGUCUUCUGAAAGUUCAAUACCUUGGUACAUUGUUCCCACAAUCGGAUGGACACUCGUCUUAGCUGGUUUCAUUUAUUACGUGGUCUUUCGUUUUGCAGUCCCUUUGUUUUUGGGUGGCGCUGUAUUGGAAGUCAAGAGAGAUCCUGUUAUUGGUAUUGAUAAUGAAGGACAUUUUGUACAACAUGGUGAGAUGGUCUAUCAGAAAUGGUCAGUGCCUGAAGAUGAAGAUAUACCUUAUCCGAAUGGACACAGUAAUGAGGUUGAACUUAAGCAACUCCAUUAA